GACCCCAUACCUUUAGAUGGAGAGAACAGCCCUCUUCUAGGAUAGCAGGCCAGUGAGAUAAUUCAGUGGAUAAAAGAAUCUGCUGCCAAGCUGCAUGAUCCGAGUUCAGUCCCCUGGGCCCACACUGUUAAGGUUGACAAGAGGCCCCCAGAGUAGUAGCCCUAAAGGGGCAAGUAUUCUCUCAGCUACUCCAGGAAUGUGGUUGUGAGGCAGAACCCAUAGCUUUCAGAAGAAAAGUAGUCUUGGACCAUGGCUCAGGUCAGCAUCAACAGUGACUACAGUGAGUGGGGCUCCAGCACUGAUGCAGGGGAGCGGGCCCGUUUGCUACAAAGUCCCUGUGUGGAUAUGGCACCCAAGAGUGACGGGGAGGCAUCUCCUGGAGAUCCAGACAGAGGCACCACUUCUACACUUGGAGCCAUCUUCAUUGUUGUCAAUGCCUGCCUGGGUGCAGGACUGCUCAACUUCCCAGCAGCCUUCAGCACUGCUGGGGGUGUGGCAGCUGGCAUCGCCCUGCAGAUGGGCAUGCUGGUUUUCAUCAUUAGUGGACUUGUCAUUCUGGCCUACUGCUCCCAGGCCAGCAAUGAGAGGACCUACCAGGAAGUGGUAUGGGCCGUGUGUGGCAAGCUGACAGGCGUGCUGUGUGAGGUAGCCAUCGCAGUCUACACCUUCGGCACCUGCAUCGCCUUCCUCAUCAUCAUUGGGGACCAGCAGGACAAGAUUAUAGCUGUGAUGGCAAAGGAGCCUGAAGGGGCCAGCGGCAGCCCCUGGUACACAGACCGCAAGUUCACCAUCAGCCUCACUGCCUUCCUCUUCAUCCUGCCCCUGUCCAUUCCCAGGGAGAUCGGCUUCCAGAAAUAUGCCAGUUUCCUGAGCGUUGUGGGCACCUGGUAUGUCACCGCCAUUAUCAUCAUCAAAUACAUCUGGCCAGAUAAGGAGAUGCGUCCAGGGGACAUCCUGACCAGACCAGCUUCCUGGAUGGCUGUGUUCAAUGCCAUGCCCACCAUCUGCUUCGGAUUUCAGUGCCACGUGAGCAGUGUACCUGUCUUCAAUAGCAUGCGGCGGCCGGAAAUUAAGACCUGGGGUGGAGUGGUGACAGCUGCCAUGGUCAUAGCUCUGGCUGUCUACAUGGGCACAGGCAUCUGUGGCUUCCUGACUUUCGGGGCUGCUGUGGAUCCAGAUGUGCUCCGGUCCUACCCUUCAGAGGACGUGGCUGUGGCCGUUGCCCGAGCCUUCAUCAUCCUGAGCGUGCUCACCUCCUACCCCAUCUUACACUUCUGUGGGCGGGCCGUGGUGGAAGGGCUGUGGCUGCGCUACAAGGGGAUGCCAGUGGAGGAGGAUGUGGGACGGGAGCGACGGCGCCGGGUCCUGCAGACGCUGGUAUGGUUCCUGCUCACCCUGCUGCUUGCACUCUUUAUCCCUGACAUCGGCAAGGUCAUCUCGGUCAUCGGAGGCCUGGCAGCCUGCUUCAUCUUCAUCUUCCCAGGGCUAUGCCUCAUUCAAGCCAAACUGUCAGAGAUGGAGGAAGUCAAACCAGCCAGCUGGUGGGCACUGGUCAGUUAUGGAGUCCUUCUGGUCACCCUUGGAGCCUUCAUCUUUGGCCAAACCACAGCCAAUGCCAUCUUUGUGGACCUCUUGGCAUGAACACUGCCUUCCAGAAAACAUGUCACCAAGAACCAUCUCUCAGAGCUCUGGAGCUACCCCAGGUCCCAUAUCCUAUUCCAGCUGGUGACAUGUGGACACAUUCUUCCAGGGACAGUCAUGGGACAGAAUAAUCAGCCGUGAAUCUAUGGAGAGUUCCCACCCAGCUGCCUGUCUGUUCCCCAGCCUUCGAAUUGUCAUGGGUGGUGGCAGGAAGUCCCACAUCACAGGAGCUUCCCCCCUUACCCAGAUCUCAACUUCAGUCCUUUGGAACCUAUGAGUGGAGAAAGUCUGAGUGUCAGAAGAGACCAUUCUGACCUCCCUCUGGAAAAACAAACAAAAACAAAAUCCUAUACAUAGUGCUGGCAUCCCUCACAGAGCUUAUCAGGACUGUGCUCAGUACCUCGGGGAUUAGUGUCUGCCCAUAUCUCUCAGAAGCCAAUGAUGGCUGUCCCUGGGACCUGACACUUCCAAAUGAGUCGCUGACAUCAUAGUUGUCCAUUCCCCUAUGGGACCUCAGGGUCCCUACCCUGACUUUGUCCAAACCUAAUGGUCCAGGUUGGGUUUCCUCCUGUGCUCUCAGACAUCAAGUCUAAUGUUUACAAAUGGCCGGCCUGGCUCUGGGCUAGGGGCUGCCUUUGCCACGGUGCUGUGAGCACUCCUCCGUUAGCUUUUCACAUGGGCAGAGGGUCUAUUGUCUUUUUCAGAUUCCAGCUAGGCCUGUCUUUUCAGAGAUUCAGGGUGGGUCACAGGAGAGGCUUGGAACUUUUGGACCCUCCUUCCAGGCUGGGCUGCCCAAGGUCUGGGUGAAGCUCUAGAACCAUUGGUUCACUCCUCCAAGCCUUCCCUUCCCAGCUAAACCUUCCUUUACUAACUCCGUCUGGACUCUUCAUUCCAUUACCACACCUAACCCAUCCCUCGCCCCUCACCCUCUCGUUUCUUUCAUUCAUGGGUGGGCUUUGUUAUUUGUCAAGGGGAGGGGAUGGCACCAAACCCUGUCAAGUCAGCUUGCUCAGUUCCAUACAUCUGUCAGGUCUGGCCUCAAUGCCUGGGAAUCCCACUGAGUUAUACCUAUCUCAGGUGAGGUCAGGCUGGACACUUUGUACUCUGACUACCUUAGCCUCUCAUCUACCCCUGCUCACUUUUGCAAGUCUCAAGUACAAAACUGGCCUCUUUCCCCAUAAUUUUCUCUAUUCUGCCUAAAACACCUAUCCUAGAAGUGAGAGGGGCCUUUCCCAGCAGCCCUUCAACUCGGGUCUGUUCAGUUGAGGUGUCAGAGGCUCAGCAUCCAGACUAACUGAAUUGUUCUUUUCCUGUCCAUCUCGGGUAUCCAUCCUCUCUGGUCCCACUAUGCUAGUCUCUCUGGGCCUCCAAGUGCUGCCUCUCAGGGUGGCCAGGCAUAAAGCUGGGGCAUGGCAUAGAGACAGACCAGCUGAGACUGUAGGCCAUCUUCAGCUUGAUCUCAGGACCCCUUCCUUUCCUUGUCCUCAUCCAGUGUCUUGCUGGGUCUUUUCUACUUAAGCACAUGUGGAGAAAUGGGGAUGGCUAAUAAAGGGGCUUGCACUACUUAA